AUGGCCGACUUGGGAAGUAUAUUGCAUCAUAGAAUUUUGCUAAGCCCGGGAGCAAUCGCAGCCAUCGUAAUUCUGGAACGGGACAACACCGUGUUCACCACCACCAGUCCUAAAGGGGAUAAGUCGCAACCGCUGCAAUAUCAGGCGGCAAAACAAUCAUGA